AGAGUGCUCCUAUCGAUCUGGCGUCUCAUUUCCUACAUCUCUCUUUGAUUGCUGCGUAAUAGGAACGGUACAAGUCUUCUCGCUGUCUGUACGUUACCGGCGCCUUCGUGUUUUGUUCUGGUUUGUUUGUUUUACGCAGGUGAAAGGGAAAAGUAAGAAUAUUUCUAAAAGUAAAAACUAACACACGACAGCGAGUGAGGUGGAGAAGUACAAUCGAAAACGGGUACUCUCGCACCGUCUCGGCGGCUCUCUUUCGUCUGUCAAACGAACGUGUUUUUUAUUAUUAUUACUACUACUACUAUUACUAUUGAACCUUUCUUUUCUUGAUCUUGCUUUACCCCGCUUGAAGUUGGUGUAACGCGUAGGAUUGCAGCUUUAUUUUGGUGUUUCGCCGUUGUUAUUUCUAAUUCGCAAGUUUUCCAGCGUUGGCUCUCUUCUAUUUUCCUUUUAUUGAUCCCUGACCCCCUGCCGCCACUUCAACCACUGCCGGAACGGUUGUUUCUGAACAGGCUUAUUUUCUUUUUUCUCUUAACAGACGAGGAGGUGCAGCUCAGUGAGCAAACAGUGAAUGCUGUUUUUUUCAUAUAGGUUUUUCUACAGGUGUUUUACUCUCUGGCGUGUGGUGAAUAUACAUAAAUAUAUAGUUGUAUUUUUCCAGCCGUUGCGCGUGGCCCUCUUCGCUUCUCCACCGUUGUUGGCCGUUUCAUUUUCCUUUGUUUGCUUUCCUGUCUAGUUCUGUUGUCUCCUUGACUUCAUUCUCUUUUCUGGUGUUUGCUUCUCCUGUGUGGGUGUGUGUUUUUAACAAAGACGAGUAGAAGGGUAUGUCUGGUGUCUAAGGACAAGUUAUGAGAGGUGGAGUUGGAUCGUAAUUCUCGAUAUAUAUAUAUAGAUAAAUUCUUCAGCUCGAUCUCUUUCUGCUUCUCUUUUGAUGUUUCCUCUCUUCCACUCAGGUAGACUACGAGAAAGUAUUCCUUCUGCGCAGCGGACGGCGGCAGCAGCAACGGCAAGCCAAUUCUGCCACUCGUGCUCGCCUCUGCCUUGUUCCUGCUUUUCUCGAUAAAUUUAUCGGUGUGCCAACAGCGUUGUUUCCUACUCUCUGCUUCUUUCUUUCCUGAUCAGAGAGGAGUCGACUAGAGUUUUCCCCUUUUUCUUUUCGACACAUUUAAAGUAUUGUUGUUGUUGGUAUCUUCGCCUUCUUCUUCCUCCUCCUGGUUUUUGUUUUUUACGUCUUUCUCUUUGCUUUCUGCGGUCUCGGCGACACCCUCAGCGGGCCCCGGACGGAGCAGUGGUAUUCACUUCACGUGUGUUGCGCCGUACAGUUGCUACCCCCCGCACACACUCUCACUGCACUUCUUCUUUGCUUGUUUGUUUGUUUGUUUAGGUCAUCGCACCCUGCACUUCCGCGCUCUUCCGCCCAACAGACGUGUGUGCGUGCUACGACACGGCGAAGGAGGAGCCGCGCAGACGUUAGUGAAGUGUCCUACCCGCCGCUCCUCCUGCAUAUAUAUACACACGUUGACUCAUACACAAGCUGCGCGAGAGAGAGCGGCGCGCCGGAUAAGAUUUUAAAAGAAAAACAUCGACGUUUGGUGUAUGUGAGUUUUUUAUUCAUUUUUCCUGCUUUCCUUCGUGUAUUUUUCUUCCCUAUGUCGUCCCUCGUUGACAACACCAAGCCGGCGCAGUGGUCGACCGCCGUGGACGCCGCCGCCACGCCCGCCUCCUCACCGAAAAAGCAGCUCAGGACGAGCACCGACAGCCGCGGCAGCAACACGCGCGCACCACCGCCGCAGCCAACAGACCCGACCUCCGCCGGCGUGAGGGAAGCUGCCAAUCCUGCCGCCGCAGCGGUGUGCACGACCACCAUGACAGCGAACGCUAUGUCUCCUGACAACCCACAGCCGCGCCAUGACUCCAGCGAUGAUCUCGACGGCUACCGCAGCUCGUGUGAACGGUCGGCGUCGGGGGAGGGCCUUCACGGCAGCCGUGAACUCAACAGUCGUGGCAGCAGCAGCAGUGGCGGCGCUCUCGAGAGCAGCGACGCUUUGUUGCUCUCCGCACACAUUUGGGCGGACGCGAGCAGGGCGGAGCACGGCGUCGGCGCGCAGGCGGAGGCGCGCGGGUUUACCAUCAGCGACAGCAGUAGCAGCGUCGGCGGUGUUGGCUGCUCGGCGUCGGCCACCUCCCCGCCCCACCCCCCUCACUAUCACCACCACCACCACGAUCACGCGCACGCGGCCCCGCGGUCCAGUGCGGCACGCGAUAAGGAGCGGCAGCGGCUGAUCGCCUUGAGCGCAGUGGAGGAGCCAACGGCGGCGGCGGCGGGUGCCUCCGUCACGACAGCUCCCAACGUCACGUCGAAUCGAAGUGACGGGAAGUCCGGCCGGGCAACGGCGGUCAUCACGCCCGUCUCACUCGCGGAGGCCUCAGCGGCCGACAGCGACAGCGACUGCUCCAGCGCCGAUGCGCUGUGUCACGGCACGCAGCCCGUCUUCGCCUCUACAAGCGUCAAGACGGCCGCAGCGAUGAUGUCUGUCCUCGACUCCGAAAGCAGAGGAGAGGUGGAGGCCGCACCUGGCACGGACCCCGUCAAGGCCGCGGACGACCCCACGAAUGGCAAGGAAGAAAGCAACGCGGUGAUGGGCAGUGGUGACACUGGCGCGCUUCCGCGAGUCAUUCCUCACGCCGCGGACUCCAAACGAAGCUCUCCGUCUCCGCACACUCUUUCAGCCGCAGAAGCGAUCAAGUCCCCUCUGCAGGCGACCUUCUCACGCCUGUCGCGCUCCUCCAGCAACGACAGCGGUGCGGUAGAGGCAUCGGCAGAGUUCGCUGUCCCACCGCCGUCCACGUCGGCGCACCGCAGUGGCUCGAUCAGUCCCACCGUGCUGGCGGUAAAUGAAGCGUACAGUCACAGUACGCACCACAACAAGAACUACAAUAAUGCGAGUAAUAACAGCAUUGGUGGUCGAAGCCAAGUCGCUGGUCAUCGCAUGAGUCUCGACACACCCGUGGUGGCACCUCUCCCCAUCACACCAGAAGUGAGCGCGAUGACGGCGGUUAUGCUACGGCUCCCACUCGCAGAGGCUCCUGUGACGGCAGCGGACGCCCCUGCGAAGCCCAUCAGCACCGACGAGUCAGGCAGCGGUGUCACCGCUGCUGCUGCUGCUGCUCCACAACUGCGGAGCACGUCGUCUUCGGAGAUGAGAGAGAAAGGAGAGUCAACCACCACUGCCACCGGAGCGUCAACUGCAACAGCAGCGGCGAUGUCCACCGCCGAGAAGGGUGAGGUACAGGUACCCGAGGUCACCUCUUUGGGCGUCAACACCACCACGAAUACCGUUAUUCCGCCUCUUUCAAAAUCGGCCACCACCGCAUCCUCGAGUUUCCUCACGUCCACCGUCGACGUUUCCAGCUCCUCGUCGAUUGGUGGGCACCACCUCUCCGUCACGGAGGGCAACGCGUUCCUCAAGCAGUCUGGCUCGCGCCGUGAGGAGGCCUUCUACAGCAUGAUCCGUCCCUAUCAAGAAACGCUGGUCCACGAAGCUGUCUGUCAGGCGCCACACACCGUCGAGCACUGGCGGCGUCAAAAUGCGGCCUCAUCGCACCCCGGCGCCCACCUCGGGGACGACACGGAGGGCAACAGCAGCGGGGGUGCCACCGCCACCGCCACAGCAACAGCAACAGGAGGCGGAGGUGGUGGGGAAACGCCAGCCGUCAUUCGGUGCGUUCAUGCGGACAUGCGUCGCACCGACGGCCCCGUCGCAGCGCCCGUCUCGCACAGGGACGAAGCCGUCUCCGAGUGUGACGCGCGGUGGAAGGCCUAUCAGCGCAUCGAGGCGGAGGACCUCUCCUCGCUCGAUAUUUUGGCCUCCGCCCCGCCCACCACCGAGGAGGAGAAGCAGCAUUGCCCAAUUCUGCAUCGUAUGCGCAGUGGCACCGGGGACGAAUACGUGCCGCCGCCGCCAGGCUGCCCGGCGCACCCACGCAGUGUCAACAACGACAUCAACAGUGGCAACAACGGUGUGGUGGCCGUCGUCGCCGCAGACGCCGCCCCUGCCCUUCUCGAGCCGCAAGUCGAUGAGAAUCUGGUGGAGUUGGCCGCGCGACUGUGGUGGACCAUCCGCUUCCGCCACUUCUACCGGACGUCGUCCGCGGCUUAUGAAGUGCAGCGGCAGGCGGCCGAGGCGGCCGGCAUGUCCUCGCCUUCGUCCUCUGCCUCUCCAGUAGCCGGUGCGGGCGGUAAAGACGGUGCCGGCGUCUCGCGCUGCUCCACCCCCGCCGCCCAGCCUCACUACCCCACCUCGCCCACGCCCGGCCUGCACUUCAAGGAAGAACCGAUUCCUUCACCCAUCCUGUCGUUGAUGCCGCAGUCGGCUGCGAGGUCGCAGGUGGUGCCCCUCAGUGGUACGGCGACGCCCAACAUGGUCGGCUCCUUUGCAGCCUCGUCCUUGGAGGGCACCGCCUGCGCCGUCAGCCUGACAGAGCGGCAGUACAACGCACAGAAGCACCGCGCCCUGCAGCUGCUCGCCGCCUUUGUGCCACGAUACCACGGCACGUGUCGCCUUUUCCUAAAAGACGUACUGCGGUGUGAACGGCGGGGUAUUGCGGCGGCCGCCGCAGCAGCAACGACAUCUGCCGCGGCCGUGGCAGCAGCAUCACCAUCCGUGGCGGCCGUCGCGGUGGCAUCGGCAACGGCAGCAACUGCGGCAAAAGACCGUCAGAAUCCGCUGGCAGAAUGUCAAGGUGACGAAGAGGCAGCGGCGGCGGCACCUGUGCCUCAGAUUGUAGAUGCCGACGACGACGGCAACGAGGCGGGUGGAAGCCGCAAGAUCUGCCGCAUGAUCAUGCUGGAGUACGUCUGCUACAAGUUCGCGCGUCCCUGCGUGAUGGAUAUCAAGAUGGGCAGCCGGCAGUAUGGACUGCACCCGACAGCGGAGAAGAAGCGGAGUAAGGAGCAGAAGGCGAAGCUGUCCACCUCGGCCCGCUACGGAAUACGACUGGCAGGUUACCGGCGGUGGAACACGGCGGAGUCGCGGUACAGCUUCCGCAGUAAACUGCAGUGCCGCACGUUGACGCUGCACGAAGUGAAGAAUGAGAUCUCCGCGUUUAUGCUGCACAACCGCGAGUUGGAGCGCGUGUUUCAACGGCAGCUGCAGCGGCUGCGGGUGGCCUUUAGCCAGCAAACGGUCUUUCGUUUCUACACGUCGUCGCUGUUGUUUGUCUACGACGCCGAAGACCCGUUAGCGACGGCGCGGGUGACGAUGGUGGAUUUUGCCUACACGUACGAGUCGAAGGAGCUGCUGCAAGGCGGUGAUCCAGACGCUGACUUUGCGUAUGAUGUCGGCUACUUGAAGGCGAUCGACACGUUGCUGUCUUUGCUUGCGUAG